UCUUUUUCUAGUUUUCGUCUGGCAAAUUAUGCAGUGGAAAAGCGUUUUAUAUUUAUUUUUAGCAAAACAGGUUGGUGAGAUUGGACCGGGUGAAGUCAGGUCCAUGGACCGUGGUGGACCCAUUAACUUUUUUGAUGGUCAUGUUCACUAUAUAGGUGGUUUAAAACAUGAGUAAUGCUACAUGUUAUAUUUUUAUCACAUGCUACAUGUUAUAUUCUCCACUUCUCUUGGCCUUCACAGAGCAGGACGGAAAUAAUUGGAUAAGUUCCCAUGUACCUACUUUCUCAGCGAUUGAUCCUUCCUAUGCUUUACCAAACAACAUUGCUGUGAUAACCCUCCAGAACUUGAAAAUGGAAAAGUACUUCUUCGAUUGGCUCACUUGUAUGAGAGAGUUAUUGGAGAAGAUGGAGCUUGGGUCUAACUUAGACAACAGUAAAUCAACGUUUACUUUGGUUGAUGAGGAUCACACGCUUGCAAACGCCCUUAGAUUCACCUUGAACCAAGAUCCAAGAGUUUUUUUCUGUGGGUAUAGCAUUCCUCAUCCUUCAGAGAAUCGAGUUAAUAUUAGAGUCCAGACGACAGGUGCUCCAGCACAAGAGGUAUUGAAAGAUACAUGCCAGGAUCUGAUGAUGAUGAUGUGCCAGCAUGUGAGAAGCACUUUCGACAAGGCUGUUGCUGAUUACAAAAUGAGAAACCACGAGGGAUGCAAAUAGUGAGUGAUGAUGGUCAGAAUGAUAAUGAUAUGAAAUAGAAUUAAACCUUUAUAACUUUGGUCUUUCCUUAAUGUAUUACUCUUGAUAA